CCUCUGAGCUACCUUCCAGAGGAGCUGUCCUGAGUCCAAGAGGCUGGUUCUUCUGAGGAUUAGAAUCCAGUACCCGUGGCUGGGGAAGUGACAUAGUAUCAUGUAUGCCGCUGACUCCAGGGGACACUCCCCUGCUUUUCUACAACAUCAGAAUGGAAGCACCCAUCCUUCCGGUUAUGUCCCUGGGAAGGUGGUUCCACUUCGUCCUCCUCCUCCUCCAAAAAGCCCAGCUUCAGCCAAACUUACCUCCCUCAGACAGGAAGCCCGGGCAACAUUUGCAUUCUCUCCGGAAGAACAGCAAGCCCAGAGAGAAAGCCGAAAGCAGAAGAGGCACAAAAAUACUUUCAUUUGCUUUGCUAUUACUAGUUUUUCAUUUUUUGUUGCACUUGCAGUCAUUUUAGGAAUAUCCUCAAAAUAUGCUCCAGAUGAGAAUUGCCCAGAUCAGAAUCCUCGUCUCAGGAACUGGGAUCCAGGACAAGAUUCUGCAAAACAAGUUGUUAUUAAGGAGGGAGAUCUGUUCCGUCUGACCUCAGAUGUGACAGUGCAUUCUAUAGUCAUUCAGAACGGAGGGCUGCUUGUAUUUGGGGAUGAUAAAGAUGGAUCCAGAAAUAUUACCUUGAGGACUCGUUACAUCCUGAUCCAGGAUGGUGGGGCGCUUCAUAUUGGAGCAGAAAGAUGCCGCUACAAAUCCAAAGCGACAAUUGCCUUGUAUGGCAAGUCAGAUGAAGGUGAAAGUAUGCCAAUAUUUGGCAAGAAGUUUAUUGGUGUGGAAGCUGGCGGGACAUUGGAGCUGCAUGGGGCCCGGAAGACGUCAUGGACAAUGUUGGCAAGGACUCUGAAUUCCUCAGGCCUGCCCUUUGGAUCCUACACCUUUGAAAAGAACUUUUCCCGGGGCCUCAAUGUGAGGGUCUUCGACCAAGAUACAGCCAAAAUGUUAGAAAGUGAGAGGUUUGAUACCCACGAAUACCACAAUGAGAGCAGGCGACUUCAGGAAUUUCUGAGAAGGCAGGAUCCAGGACGGAUUGUGGCCAUAGCUGUCGGGGAUUCGGCAGCUAAGAGCCUUUUACAGGGAACUAUCCAGAUGAUCCAGGACCGACUGGGAAGUCAGCUGAUCCAGGGACUGGGCUACAGGCAAGCUUGGGCUUUAGUUGGUGUCCUUGAUGGUGGAAGCACAUCUUGCAAUGAAUCUGUGAGGAACUAUGAAAAUCAUAGUAGUGGUGGGAAGGCCCUUGCCCAGAGAGAAUUCUAUACCGUGGAUGGUCAGAAGUUCUCUGUGACAGCUUAUAGUGAAUGGAUUGAAGGUGUUUCCCUUUCAGGUUUCCGUGUAGAGGUUGUGGACGGUGUAAAGCUUCACCUGCUGGAUGACGUUAGUAGCUGGAAGCCCGGAGACCAGAUCGUGGUCGCAAGCACUGACUAUUCAAUGUACCAAGCAGAGGAAUUCACUCUUCUCCCUUGUCCAGAGUGCAGCCCUUUUCAGGUCAAGGUCAAAGAAACCCCUCAGUUCCUGCACAUGGGUGAGAUCGUAGAUGGUGUGGACAUGAGAGCCGAGGUGGGCGUCCUCACCCGGAAUGUUGUGAUCCAAGGAGAAAUGGAGAACUCGUGCUAUGGAGAAAAUCAGUGCCAGUUCUUCAAUUAUGAUACUUUCGGGGGACAUAUCAUGAUAAAGAAAAACUUUACUUCGGUCCACCUUUCCUACACGGAAUUGAGACGCAUGGGCCAGCAGCAGCUGGGGCGGUAUCCUAUUCAUUUUCACCUGUGUGGGGAUGUGGAUCAUAAAGGAGGGUACCGACCUGCAACCCUUGUGGAUGGUCUGUCUAUCCAUCACAGUUUCUCCAGGUGCAUCACCGUACACGGGACAAACGGCUUGUUGAUAAAAGACACCAUUGGAUUUGACACGCUUGGUCAUUGUUUCUUUCUGGAAGAUGGUAUCGAACAGAGAAAUACUCUGUUCCACAAUCUGGGGCUCCUAACCAAGCCAGGCACGCUCCUCCCCACUGACAGGAACAACUCUGUGUGCACCGCCAUGCGAGAGAAAGUGUUUGGAAGUUACGUCCCUGUGCCUGCCACUGACUGUAUGGCCGUUUCAACUUUCUGGAUUGCUCAUCCCAACAACAAUCUGAUUAAUAAUGCAGCUGCAGGCUCACAGGAUGCUGGAAUCUGGUAUCUAUUCCACAAGGAACCUACUGGGGAAUCCAGUGGACUUCAGUUCUUAGCAAAACCGGAACUCACCCCAUUGGGUAUAUUUUAUAACAACAGAGUCCAUUCAAGUUUUAAGGCUGGCUUAUUUAUUGACAAAGGUGUCAAAACAACCAACUCCAGUGCUGCCGACCCUAGGGAGUACCUGUGUUUGGACAAUAGUGCAAGAUUUCGGCCUCAUCAAGAUGCAGACCCUGAAAAGCCCCGUGUUGCUGCUAUAAUUGACAGGCUCAUUGCUUUUAAAAAUAAUGAUAAUGGUGCUUGGGUGAGAGGAGGCGACAUUAUCGUUCAGAACUCAGCAUUUGCGGAUAAUGGAAUAGGAUUGACCUUUGCCAGUGAUGGAAGUUUCCCAAGCGAUGAGGGUUCCAGCCAGGAGGUAUCUGAAUCUCUCUUUGUUGGUGAGAGCAGAAAUUACGGCUUUCAGGGUGGUCAGAACAAGUAUGUAGGCACUGGAGGAAUAGACCAGAAGCCUCGGACAUUACCUAGGAACAGGACAUUCCCAAUUAGAGGCUUUCAGAUUUACGAUGGACCCAUUCAUCUCACCAGAAGCACUUUCAAAAAAUACGAGCCAACUCCAGAUAGGUACAGCAGUGCUAUUGGCUUCCUCAUGAAGAAUUCCUGGCAGAUAACCCCCAGGAAUAACAUCUCCCUUGUGAAGUUCGGGCCACAUGUCUCUCUGAAUGUCUUCUUUGGAAAGCCGGGUCCCUGGUUUGAAGAUUGCAAGCUGGAUGGUGACAAGAACUCCAUAUUCCAUGACAUAGAUGGCUCUGUGACAGGAUACAAGGAUGCUUACGUGGGAAGAAUGGACAACUACCUGAUCCGCCAUCCAGGCUGUGUAAACGUUACCAAAUGGAACGCAGUAGUCUGCAGUGGGGCCUACGCCCAGGUCUAUGUACAGACAUGGAGCACUCAGAAUCUUAGUAUGACUAUUACACGGGAUGAGUAUCCAUCCCAACCGAUGGUGCUCCGCGGCAUUAACCAGAAGGCUGCCUUCCCGCAGUACCAGCCUGUGAUCAUGCUGCAGAAGGGCUACACCAUCCACUGGAAUGGGCCAGCGCCACGGACUACUUUUCUGUACCUCGUAAAUUUCAACAAGAAUGACUGGAUUCGAGUUGGCCUCUGUUAUCCAUCAAACACAAGUUUUCAGGUUACCUUUGGAUUUUUGCAGCGGCAGAAUGGCUCUUUAUCCAAAAUUGAAGAAUAUGAGCCUGUGCAUUCGCUGGAAGAAUUACAGAGGAAGCAGUCCGAGAGGAAAUUCUACUUUGACGCUGGCACAGGGCUACUGUUUUUGUAUCUCAAAGCCAAAAGCCACAGGGAUGGCCACAGUUACUGUUCAUCUCAGGGAUGUGAAAGAGUCAAGAUCCAGGCGGCAACAGACUCAAAGGACGUCAGUGACUGCAUGGCCAGAGCGUACCCACGGUUCUACAGGAGGCCCUCCGUGGUCAAGCCCAUGCCGUCCAUGCUCACUGGACCCUGCCACGGCUGUGGCACCCGUCAGGUGGUGUUCACUAGUGAUCCUCAUAAAAGCUACCUCCCCGUGCAGUUCCAGUCACCCGGUAAAGCAGAAACUCAGCGCGGAGACCCUUCUGUUAUUUCUGUCAACGGCACCGACUUUACCUUCCGGAGCGCGGGUGUCCUUCUCCUCAUUGUGGAUGCCUGCAGCGUCCCAUUCCGGUUGACAGAAAAGAAGUUUUUCUCUCUUGCUGAUAUCAGUCACAUGGAAGAGUAUUUAAAAACCAGCAUCCCUCCAAGAUCUAUUGUUCUGUUGAGCACAAGAGGAGAAAUAAAGCAGUUGAAUUCAGAUUCAUUAGUACCUCUGGGAUUAGCCAAACCAGCUCAUCUUUAUAACAAAGGGAGUACCAUAUUUUUGGGGUUCUGCGGAAACUUUAAACCAUCGUGGACUAAGCUCUUUACCAGUCCUGCUGGACAGGGCCUCGGGGUGCUCGAACAAUUCAUACCUUUGCAGCUGGAUGAAUAUGGUUGUCCCAGAACUGUCACUGUUCGCAGAAGAGACCUGGAACUGUUAAAACAAGCUUCAAAAGCACAUUAGAGACUAACUGUAAUUUAAGUGCUGGGGGAAAAGAAAAUGUGAACUAACUAACUUAUUUAAUUUAUGGCAUUUUAAAAUGACACUGUUAACCCAAUGGCACCAUUUUCCUGUUGGAUAAAAAAAUGGGAGACAAGAAAGAGAGUAAAGUGAUUGCUU